AUGGCAUCCAUGGAUCAGUUGAACUCGGAGGAGUUUCACUCGCUUCUGGAUGCAACCAUGACCAAAUCGGUCACCCAAGCUAUAGUCACGGCUAUGGGGGCGAUGUCUGAAACCCUGACACAGUCCGUUAGUAACGCCAUACUGGCGUCUAACACCAACCCUAGCGGCCUCCACCCCAAAGCCCAAACUGACAAGCCUGCACCCCUCAGCGGUCGUAAGGCUAUGGAGAAGACCCACCAUAUGGGCAAACACACCUCCAAAAACAGCACGACGGACAGGACACACCCUGUCACUACUGAGGACGUGGGGCCCCCACGCAAAAGAACCACCCACCGGGCAAAAACGGUGAGGACGUGGAAAUGGGCAAAAGCCCAAACAGAGACAUCCGACUCUGGUUCGGACAUAGAGGAGGUAAUGAGUGAGUCCGAAGAUAUCGGCUCUUUGGAAUCGGGAAACUCUUCCCGUGAGCCCGGCCGGGCUGUCACACCAACUAA